GCAUCCGAUCAUGGGACACAAACUUGGUUGAAUGCAACUUGGAUCAAGAACUUAAACUUUUUGUGUCUCGCCAUUCAGCUCGAUUUUCUCCUGAAGUUCGAGGUCAAAAAAUCCUUCACCACAGAAGCGAUGUCUUAGAAACUGUAGUCCUGAUCAAUCCCUCAGAUGAAGCCGUUAGCACUGAGGUGCGUUUAAUGAUCACAGAUGCUGCAAGACACAAGCUACUUGUGCUCACUGGACAGUGCUUUGAAAACACAGGAGAACUCAUUCUCCAGUCAGGAUCCUUCUCCUUCCAAAACUUCAUUGAGAUCUUCACGGAUCAAGAGAUCGGUGAGUUAUUAAGUACUACACACCCUGCCAACAAAGCCAGCUUAACUCUCUUCUGCCCUGAGGAAGGGGACUGGAAAAAUUCCAACCUUGACAGACACAAUCUUCAAGACUUCAUUAACAUUAAGCUCAACUCAGUUUCCAUAUUGCCUGAAAUGGAAGGACUCUCUGAAUUCACAGAGUAUCUGUCAGAAUCAGUAGAAGUGCCAUCACCCUUUGACAUUUUGGAACCUCCAACCUCAGGAGGCUUUCUGAAACUCUCCAAGCCCUGCUGUUACAUUUUUCCGGGUGGAAGAGGGGACUCUGCAUUGUUUGCAGUGAAUGGAUUCAACAUGCUUAUCAAUGGAGGAUCUGAAAGAAAAUCCUGCUUCUGGAAACUUAUCCGGCAUUUGGACAGAGUCGAUUCCAUUCUGCUCACUCACAUUGGAGAUGAUAACCUGCCAGGAAUCAAUAGCAUGCUCCAGAGAAAGAUAGCCGAAUUAGAAGAGGAACAGUCCCAAGGGUCCACGACCAACAGUGACUGGAUGAAAAAUCUGAUCUCACCUGAUUUAGGAGUUGUAUUCCUCAAUGUACCUGAAAACCUGAAGAACCUUGAUCCUAACUUUAGAGUAAAAAGGAAUGUAGAAGAAGUUUGUUUUACUCUCCAGUAUUUAAAUAAGUUGUCUAUGAAACCAGAGCCUCUUUUUAGAAAUGUAGGAAAUACCAUUGACCCCAUCAUUUUAUUUCAGAAAAUGGGUGUUGGCAAACUUGAGAUGUAUGUGCUUAAUCCUGUCAAAAACAGCAAAGAGAUGCAAUAUUUUAUGCAACAGUGGAGUGGUACUAAUAAAGAUAAAGCUGAAUUCCUGCUACCAAAUGGCCAAGAGGUAGAUAUUCCACUAUCCUAUUUCACCUCUGUCUCAUCCCUGAUUGUAUGGCAUCCAGCUAAUCCUGCAGAAAAAAUUAUUCGAGUUUUGUUUCCUGGAAACAGUACCCAAUAUAACAUUCUAGAAGGCCUGGAAAAACUCAAACAUUUAGACUUCCUUAAACAACCAAUGGUUACACAGAAAGACCUAACUGGGAACAUCGCUAGUCCAGCUGUGAAACAAGCAAAGCUGAAACAACGAACAGACAGCAAGGAGAGCCUUAAGCCUGCUGCAAAGACACCACCAAGCAAAUCCGUCAGAAAAGAAUCUAAAGAAGAAACUCCAGAACCACCAAAACCUACUCCAGCACCAGAAAAGCCUCCAAAAGUAGAAAGCAAAGAAAAAGUUCCAGUUAAAAAAGAGAAACCAGCAAAAGUGGAGACCAAACCUGUAGUGGCAGAAAAAGAUGUAACAAGUAAAGAAGAGCAGUUAGUGAAAUCUGAAACUGCUGAAAAGCAAGCUACAGAUGUAAAACCAAAAGUGGCAAAGGAGAAGCCAGUGAAAAAAGAAGUCAAAGCAAAACCUGAAGAGAAGAAGGAGGAGAAAGAAAAACCAAAGAAAGAAGUUUCUAAAAAAGAGGAGAAAACACCCAUCAAAAAAGAGGAAAAACCCAAGAAAGAAGAGAUCAAGAAAGAAAUUAAAAAAGAGGUGAAAAAGGAAGAGAAGGAAACUAAAAAAGAAGUGAAGAAAGAAGCUCCACCAAAGGAAGUUAAAAAAGAAGUUAAAAAAGAAGAGAAGGAAAUUAAGAAGGAAGAAAAAGAAGCCAAAAAGGACAUCAAAAAGCUCUUGAAAGAGACAAAGAAGACAUCUACUUCAACUGAAGCCAAAAAAACAGCAGCAAAGCCUAAACCGCAAAAGAAGGAGGAACCUGCUAAGAAAGAACCAGUACCUGCUGGAAAGCCAAAAGAAAAGGGGAAGAUUAGGGCUGUGAAGAAGGAGAUUAAAGUCAAUGAAGCGCAAGCUGCCCUUGCUGCAGUUGGAGCUGCUGCCACAACUGUAGCAACAGUAGCAGCUGUAGAAAUUGCAGCUAAUGGAAAA